AUGCUCGGGGUACUGAGCUUUUACCGCAACGAGAUCACGGGCAACAUGCCCCCCAACUGCCGCUUCGUCCCGUCCUGCUCGGCCUACAUGGUCGAGGCCAUCACCACGUACGGCGCGUGGAGGGGGUUCGUUCUCUCCGCCUGGCGCGUCGCGCGGUGCAACCCCACAGGAGGCUCGGGCUACGACCCAGUGACCUGGCCGCCCGUCGGGUAUCGCGCAGGGGACUAG